GAGACGUUGGGACAUGGCAGGUGCCACUUCCAAUUGCAAAGCUUCAAACUUGAAAUCAAAUUUCCGAACUUUCUAACACUCUCUGUAUGAAAUGUGCUUCCUUUUUUUGAAGCAUCUCAAAACACACAAACUUUUACGGAAAAGGCCACACGUCUUCAUCAUUUCAUCGUCUUUUUUCGUUUCAAAACAACCUUAGAAUUGGUCCCUCCCUAUAAUAAUAGUAUCACAUUUCUCCUCUUCCUUUGUUCCUUCCAUGUCCAAACCUAUGUUACUGGGACCUGGUGAAUCUUAUCUGGGUCAGUGGUGAAGUGAGUGGUGACUACCCCUUUUGCCCUUUCAUAUAUAUAAGCUUGUGUUGUGUGUGGGAAGUGAAAGAGAAUUUGUAGUUAGCUGUUAAAGAUGAGUGCUUUGUCUAAGAAGAGUGAAGAAUUUCGGAAGAAGAGAGAUGGGUUGGUUAAGAAAGAGUCGUUAACUGAUUCCACUGCUGAGUCAAGAGAAAGCAGUUUCAGUGGAUCAAAUUCAAUUUCCUCGUGUUCAUCCAAUGAAGAAGCAAAAGCAGCAAAAGGGUCUUCUUCUCCAUCUCCACCUGCUCCUCCUCUUGGAUGGCCUAUUCUGAAAGCUGCAGUUUCCAAGUGUGGGAAAUCUGAUGAAAAAGAUAAUGAUCAAGAACAUCAUUUGGAUGACACAAAAUUUAGUAGUAUUGGUUCAAAAGUGUCAGAUGCUGAAAUGAUGAAGGAAAGGUUUGCAAAAUUGUUGCUUGGUGAAGACAUGUCAGGUUCUGGGAAAGGGGUUUGUACUGCUUUGGCCAUCUCAAAUGCUAUCACUAAUCUGUGCGCCACUGUGUUUGGACAAUUAUGGAGAUUAGAACCUCUACCUUCUGAAAAGAAAGCUAUGUGGAGAAGAGAGAUGGAAUGGCUUGUUAGUGUUAGUGAUCACAUUGUUGAACUAAUACCUUCUUGGCAAACAUUCCCUGAUGGGAGCAAGCUAGAGGUAAUGACUUGCAGGCCAAGGACAGAUAUUUUUAUCAAUGUUCCAGCGCUUAGGAAACUUGAUAACAUGCUUCUCGACAUAUUGGAUGGUUUCACCUCCACUGAGUUCUGGUAUGUUGACCAAGGAAUUGUAGCCCCGGAAGCCGAUGGAACGGCCUCAUUUCGCAAGACGAUUCAACGGCAAGACGAGAAGUGGUGGCUCCCCGUGCCCCGUGUCCCCCCUGCAGGUCUUGGCGAAAACUCAAGAAAACAAUUGAAUCACUCAAGAGAAUGUGCAAACCAAAUUCUAAAAGCAGCCAUGUCCAUAAACAGCAUUGCUUUGGCUGAUAUGGAAGUUCCAGAAUCAUAUUUGGAAUUGCUUCCUAAGAAUGGAAGGACAUGCUUGGGGGAUUUCAUUUACCGUUACAUCACAUCAGAUCAAUUCUCUGCUGAGUGCUUGCUAGAUUGCUUAGACCUCUCCUCUGAGCAUGUUGCACUAGAGAUUGCUAACCGUGUUGAGGCGGCGAUCUAUGUGUGGCGCCGGAGAGCUCACCCGAGACCCUCACCUAAUCCGAACCGUUCAACUACAAAGUCCUCUUGGGACAUUGUUAAGGACUUCAUGGUAGAUGGAGACAAGAGAGAACUCUUAGCAGACAGAGCUGAAAGCAUUCUAAAUUCCUUGAAGCAGCGAUUCCCCGGCUUAACUCAAACUACCCUUGAUACCAGCAAGAUCCAAUGCAACAAGGAUGCUGGAAAAUCCAUAUUGGAGAGCUACUCAAGAGUGUUGGAGAGCAUGGCGUUCAACAUUGUAGCACGUAUUGAUGACUUGCUAUAUGUGGAUGACCUGACCAAACACUCGGAUAGGUUUCCAUUGGUUCCUAGUAGCACGGUUAAUGUGUUGUCUCAGCAAAAGGUUUCGCGUCCGUUCUCGGUGUCUGUCUCUGCCACUCCACACAAAGCAGGAAUCGGCACACCUGGCUUUUCUCCGGCGCCAUUGAUUAGUCCUGCAAGAGGGGAGAGAACUCCUUUCCUCCACAACAACAACAACAAUAACAUCAUGAAACCACAUAGGCGGGGAUUUGGGGUCAGAAGAGUCUUGUCCAAUUAUCUUGGAGUAGAGACAAAGGCAAAGAUAUGUAGCAAUUCUACAGAGGUUAAUUCUUCAAAUCUGAAUAACAAGAAGAAUGAACAACAGCAACAAGCUCAGACCAUAAAGAACAAGACAAAGUAGUUUUAGAUCUGUAUUUUUCACGAAUAUUUGUUGGUAGUUGAGAAUUCAAAUUCGUAGUUGUUCGAAGCAGAAGUAGUUGGUAAUCGUAUAGUAUAUGUAUUUGUAUUUAAAUUUGCUGAAAUUCAUUUUAAUAUUUAAAAUGAUAUCUAGUCAAUUGAAGG